AUGAUAACCAUGGCUCAUCAUGGCAGCCCCCUCGCCAAUCUAGCCGCAUACAGCAUCACGCCACCAGAAUACGACCUGUCAAAGGUCACGGUCCCAUCGUACAUCCACUAUGGAGUCAAUGAUACGCAAGCUGAUUACAGGGACGUGCUCUUCUUGGCCCAAAGACUCAGAAACACUGCCGGUGUCUAUCCAAUCCCAAGACAGUCCUUCAAUCACUUCGAUUUCAUAUGGGGAGGAGAUGUGAAGACGCAGCUUUACGACAACCUAAUUAAUUUAUUGAAGGAAGCCGAAAGAGCACAACCC